CGAUGUGCAAGACGAGGCGACUGAGCCCAAGGCGGUCUUGAAAGCAGCAGUGCAGCCGGAUUGCUGGCGGUCGUUGCACCAACCAGACUUGCGUGCGGCGAUCGUGCAGCUUUUUGGCUUUCCACUUCCAGUAUGCAUAGUCACUGCGCAAACACUUGCAGAGAUCCUUCAGGCGGUUGGUGCACAAAAAGUCCUAGUCUGCCACCACCUUGUAAAGCUCGAUCUUUCUACGGAUCAGCCAGCGGCUAGCCAGGACGUACCAUUAUCUUUGACUUCAAUCAUAUUCCAGUGUUUAUUCACUUCUAGAGGACUACUUCACCCAACCAGCGCGCGUAAGAUAAAGAUUCAGUAAAAGCAAUCCCAAGCGAGUUUAGUCGGAGUCUUUCAUUCAGCAGAAAUGGUUAACAAAUCUUUCCAUUACCUCUGAACAUCAGAUUCACGAAGCUGACAUGUUUGAGCAGCUCUUGGGCGACUGGCCGCUCCCACUGCCGUUCAACCGGUCACCGCAUGGCGCCCACAAAUUCGGUCCUUUCGAUGUGUCGUUUUCGAAAAAAGCCUCUGCAAAGGUACAACUGCGAACACAACAUACUCAGAAUUAUUUUUAGUUACGAAACUCCAAAACUUUCUUCAUUGACAAGCGCGCCAAAAAUAGCAUCGAUUUUACGUGCUGCAAGAAAUAUUUUUAUACUCCGCACUUCUUCUUGAUGUUGUCAGCUUCACAGGAGAAAUUUCAAUUCUAUUAAUGCCGUGAAACGCAGCGGCAUCUUCCAUCAAGAAUUUCAGGCGAGCGGCCCACAGGAGGUCUACGUUUCGUACGUAGAUCCCCAAGACGGCUGGCAGGAAGUACGGGGCCGAGAUUUUCUCCGUCGCGUCGUGACGGCUAGCAUUGACGGCAAUGACUUGCAGGCUUUUCUUCUGGAAGGAAAAGUGCGAUACCCGAAUUAUCUUGACGUAUCUCGCCAACGGGCACUCGCGAAUGAUGAAAAUUGGAGCUCACUGCUCAGUCUGGUAAGCGAAGAACAACCGGCAGGCAGCAGCAGAAGCGGUAAUGCUGCUGCAGUUGCGGACGGAACAACCGGUAGCAAGGGCAAUUUAAUCAAUGGAACAAAUCCAAAUCUUGAUAGUAAUCGACCCAGCAGAAUCGUGGCGGGCGUGGGAGCAGAUGUGACGCAGAC